AUGGCUUCAAGCUAUGCACUUCCAUAUGCCAAUGCGAAUGGAGGAAGUGGCCAGCAGCAGCAGCACGCACAUCAUGGGCAUAGUCGAUCGUACGGUGGUGGACCAUACCUAUCGCCUGGCAAGACAUUCCAGAAUGGAAACACCAUAAACAAUAGCCACUCAACAGUCAAGAAGGCUUCCUCACACAACCAACUCUACACCCAUGCCGAGACGAGCCGAGAGACAAGUCCUCUGCCUUCGCCUGGUGUGGAAGAGUACAAGACGCCCUUCGAGCACAACAUCUACGCCUUUGAGAACAACCAGAGGUUGAACGCUCCGCCGCCUUCACGAUUUGGCCACAUGAGAACAAAGAGCAGUAGACCACGAGGAGAGUCGGAUCUGGGCAGGCCGGCGGACGUGCGCAGCCCAGCAUACAGACCAAGUCUGCCAAGGAUAUCGACGGCGAGCUCAUCAUGGUUCUCCUUGCCUGAAGCUUUGACGGCCCUUCUCAUACCUCUACCGUAUCUGCUUGCCUCUGCUGCAUACUCGACCAUCACACACGAAGAGCUGAGUGGAGGCACGCAUGAGCUACCUGCAUAUGCGCGGCUCCAGCAUGGGGCAGGUGGACAGAGUAGAGUCCUGCCAAAGCAGAAGUUUAGCAGCGACUCUGGCUUUAUCGAGGCGUGCACGUUGACGUCUGGUACACUCUUACUGGUCGGCAUUAUAGCAAAGAUACGGGCUGGGGAGCGACAGCUGGAUCGACGGAAGGAGCCUGCGAGUAUGCAACAGCAGGUCAGAGCGCUGGCGAGCCCGAGUUCGGUACGGACGAUGGCAUUACGGGCCUUUAGUCUGGGCCUGCCGUUUUACGCUGCCAUGCAGGUUGGAGGACUGCGGACCGGGCUCGUGCUGCUGUCUUGCACAGCGGCUGGUAUCACAGACGCGAAUGUGCCUUUCAGGAGGACACUACAUGAAUGGAAGCACAUUCUAUCGACACGGACAACGACAUUGGUGGUUGUACUGCUGAGCAUAACGUUGGACAUGAUCGGCUGGACCUUCCGUGCUCCCUUCACGCACACACUGUCUGGAUACGUUGCUCUUCUCGCGUCAGCUCUGUUCAUACCGUCACAGCUACCGCUUAAGUUAUCAACAGGUUCGACACCGGCAUCAAAAGGGCCGACCUCAGCCUCAUGGACGACCAGCAGCAGACUACCAGCGACCUCACCCCUGCUAGCCUCAGUCCCAGACGUCAACAUGACCCUCAUCUCCGGGCUUUUAAUGUCCCUCCUGACCAUCACCCUCUCCUAUAUCUGGUCAACCUCCCCAGCCAUAAACACCACCGCUUUAACCUUUAGCACCCUCGCCAUCGCCGCCAUGACAGGCGCCAUCAUCUUCUCCCAACCCCACACCCUCCGCAGCCAACACCGAGCAGGUCUCGGACUCGGCUGUCUAACGACUGCAUGCUGCGCUUUCAUGUACUCACCUACUUUCUGGCCAGGCACGAUCGUCAAUGGAGGAUUAUCUGCGCUGUCUGGUGUGGCUGUCUUGUACGAUACGAAUGCUUUUGAUAACGACACGCCUGUUCACGAACAUCACGCACAUAGUUCGCAUACACAUUCUCAUGGCCAUGGCCAGCAGGAAACGGCUGAUAAGGGCCCUUCGGCCAUCACGAAAUUCAUCCUUGGCCAUUGCGAGCCGGGCUCCAUGAUCCACGGCAUCCUAAGUGAGAAGGACUCGAGACGAAUCGCUUACUUCACCCUACUAAAUUUCGGCUUCAUGUUCGUGCAGGGCGUAUACGGGUACCUCUCCGGCUCACUAGGAUUACUGAGCGACACCGUACACAUGUUCUUCGACUGCCUGGGUCUAAUCGUCGGCCUAGGAGCGGCCGUCGCCUCGAAAUGGCCUGAAUCGCCGGACAAACCUUAUGGCUGGGGCAAGCUCAAUACCUUGGCUGGAUUUGGGAAUGGUGUCUUCCUCAUGCUGGUCAGUGUGGAGUUCGUCUGGGAAGCUAUCGAGGGUAUCAUGGAGGGGACGGAGCUGAGACAUGUCAAGGAGUUGUUUGUGGUCAGUUCUGCUGGACUGGCGGUUAAUUUGGUUGGGCUCUUUGCUUUUGGGCAUGCGCAUGGGGGGCAUGAUCAUGGCCAUUCGCAUGGGCACGGGCAUGAGCAUGGUCAUUCGCACGCCGGUCACGACCACGGACAUUCUCACAGCCACUCGAUCGCUAGCCACGAUCACAACCACACUCACACGCCCACCCACUCGCAGCACACCAGCCACGACCACGACCACGACCACGACCACGACCACGACCACGACCACGCCCAAUCCAACGGCCACACCAAGUCCGCAAACCACACCUGCGACCACGACCACGACCACAAAGAAUCGGCCCCCAACACCCACCACGUCCCAGCCCCCCAACACAACGAAAACAUGCGCGGCAUCUACCUCCACAUCGCCGCCGACGCCGGCGGCUCCCUCGCCGUCAUCCUCAGCACAGCCCUUACCCUCUACAAACCCUGGUACCUCUGGGACCCCAUGGCAACAAUCCUCAUCGCGGCCUUGAUCUUCGCCGCCGCUGUGCCAUUGGUGAUGAGUUCGGGCCAGAAAUUGUUACUAGUAGUGCCUGAUCAAUUGGAAUAUGGGGCCAAGGGUAUGUUGCAGGAGCUUAGUGAGAUGAGGGGGGUGGUGGGGUAUGCGGGGCCGAGGUUUUGGGUGGAUGAUAGGGGGGAUGGUGGGGAUGGGCAUGAGCAUCAUGGGCAUGAUCACGGGGAUGGUGGGGGAGGGCAGAAGGUCAUGGGUGUUAUUCAUGUUUUUGCGGCGCAGGCGGCGGACGUGGAGGAUGUGAGGGUGAGGGUGUUGGAGUUCGCGGGGGAGAGGGGCAUGGAUCUUGUGGUUCAGGUUGAGAGGGAGGGGGAGGGUGGGGGGUGUUGGUGUGGUGGUGGCGGUGGUGGUGGUGGUGGUAGUAUUGGUGGUGGCAGUAUUGGAGGGAUGAAAACUGGUUGA